GAUAUUCUCCGCCUUCCCUAUCUUGCCUCUACCUAUAGUUAUCAGGUUAUUUGGCCAGCUGAACUCCCCCGGGCUGCCCCCAUCACAACCUGCGGAGAUUUCGAUACCCACGAUUCAGGCCACCGAAUGUUCAAAAGCUUCGGGUGGAGCUUAUCUGCCGGUAUUGAUUUGGAUGGGAACCAUGCUCCGGAUCUGAUUGCUGGCGAUUUUGACAGUGAUCAGUUACGUGAUGUAUCGCAAGUUCUUCCCUUCCCUUAUUGUCCGAAUGUCUCCAUUUCAGUGGGUAAAUCGAAACUGUUGACUUGGAUCAUCCACGUGGUUAAAGAAAACCUGACUCUAAACAUUUUCAAUCGUAUUUCAGCAGAACCUUGUGAACAAAGGGCGAGACUACCAAGGCUAGGAGAC